AUGGCUUCAAGUCCACAGGAAGGGCAACCUCAGCCCGGCGAGAAGACUCUACAUGUCUGGUCGAAGCCCAUAGACCAACCCGCAGCGAACGGCCAGGAUGGUGCGACAUCGACGAAUAAUAGGCCGACAAUUUCAGAGGCUGUGUCUAUGAUCAAGAAAGACGACUUUACGAAUGUUGCGAAUACCCCUUGCGCACGACAAGGCUUCAUCACAGGAAUUGCAUCUGGUGCAGGUGUUGGAGGUUUGAGGUUCGUCCUCAGAGGAAAUGCCGGUAGCGCUGCGAACUGGGCCGUUGGAGUCUUUGUUAUCGGAAGCAUGGCGUCCUACGAAUGGUGCCAAUACCGACGCCGCGAGGAACGUCGACAGAUGAAGCGACACAUCGAAGUGGUGUCGGAGACCAGAAAGGAGCAGGCAAAGAAGAUACAGGAAGCGAGACGAGAACAUGACAAGCUGGAGGCUGAAAAGAAGGCUGCAGAGAAGCCAUGGUACAAGGUCUGGUGA